AUGAUGCGGCAGCUGGAGCUCGCUGCCCUGGGCCUGGCCUUCACCGGGUGGAUCUGUGCCGUCCUGACCCGCUGCCUGGCCCUGUGGAAGGUGAGCGGCACCCUGGACAACAACACGGCCACCCUGCCGGCCUACUGGGACGGGGUGUGGCUGGAAUGGGAUCACUGGGACCUGGCCCACGAUGGCAGCCUGCACUGCUCCUUCUACCAGUCUCUCAUGUCUCUCUCUGGAAGCUUUCGGACGUGGAGAGCCCUGGUCAUGGCAGCAGUCGGAGCCGGGGCCUUUGCCGUGGGGAUCAGUGCCGUGGGGGCGGUGUGGUUCCCCCAGCGUAACCAGGUCAAAGUGGUUUCUGGUGUUCUCUUUGUUUUGUCUGGAAUCCUGCUGCUGGUUCCCACAGCCUGGACGGCCCAUCACACCAGUCAGCCACUGGAUGGCGCUGAGAUGCUGAGAAGAGACUGGGGACCGGCUCUGUACCUGGGCUGGAUCUCUGUCGUUCUGCUGGUGGUGGGAGGGGGGGUCCUCACCACCAGGUGCCCCACGAGGGAGAGUCCCACCCAGCCGCCUAAAGAGAGCAGGUACCCGACCAUGGAGGAUGAGAGCAGUCACCCUCUGAGCCGGAUCAACAGAACUACGUUCACCAACAGCCAGUACGAACACAGGUCAGAUCCCAUCUGAGGGACUGGGACAGAAAGAGAGA